AUGACUUGUCAAGUAAGUGCAGCAUUCAGUAACCAAGUGUUUAUUAAUUCACGACCUACAAAGGGAGUGCUUCUUCAUGGCCCACUUGGCACAGGAAAGACGUCUUUGGUGAAAGUGAGCAAUAUUAUUAGUCAAUAUUGUGAUGAAAGUGAGCAAUCUUUGCAUAAAGUGUUUGAUUCAGCUCACCAAGUUGCACCUUCUGUGGAUACAGCAGGUCAAGAGAGAUACCAUAGUUUGGCUCCUAUGUCCUAUAGAGGAGCUGCUGCUACAAUAAUUGUGUAUGAUAUUACUGACAACCCAAUUGUGCUUGUUUUGUCUUUCGAUUUUGAAAUUCUAAACAUCCUAAAACAUGUCAAUCUUGUUACUGCUGCUGUAUCAUUGAUGAGAAUGAAGCUUGUCACUUUAUAUACAGUUGAUGAGUUUGAUGCCAUAGCACCUGCAAGGAAAGAUGGGAAUGAAGAGCUAUCAAAGGGAGCAAGUAUAGUGGUGCUAAUAGGAGUGCUGAGCAUUACUGAAAUUUUCACAUUGCAGCCGUUGGCCUUCAUACUAAUGACAAUGUGA